AUGACCAUGGCACAUAAUAUAGUUCCCAAGACGGUUGGCGACUAUUAUCUCCGAGAUAUAGACCUUAAAAAUAGCGAUGAAAUGCUCCACAAAUUUCUUAAAUUGCUCACUGAUUUAUUGGUAGUAUGUCCGACCUAUACAUUUGCCAAGAGGUUCGCCAAAAGAGCUAGGGUCAUAGGGUGUAGUGAUCGGCACAUGUGUCACGGAUCCAGUAGCCAAUACAUCUACGGACAGCCCAUUAAGACUCCAAAACUGUUUGCGAAAAAGGAUUAUGACUUUAGUUUGGAUGUCAUGAGAAUGUGGACUAAUUUCGCUAAAAAUGGGUACGAGAUGUGGCUUUGA